UUCAGUUGAUCAACAGCGUCAUUGUCGGCUGGUUGGACGCGCGAGUCGAGCUCUAACACGAACCGAACCGAACCGAACCCAUCUGCCGCUAGAGCUGCCACAGCGCUGCCGCCACAUUACAGUUAACAGUUGCACGUCGCACUGUCCGCUGCUGCUGAUAAAACGUUCAAUUAAACAAGCAAAUUUUAAUUUAAAUAAUUAAACAAAGUACUGCACCCGGGCACCCCUGUGCGUGUGUGAUAUAUAUUUUUUGGAUUUUUUUUGCGGAUAUACCUUAUACCUUCCCAAGCAACUGUGAAGUGAAUCAAAGAUAUCGCGGCCCGAUCGCAAAUGUCGGAGAGGAAUUUUUGAAAACAAACCCAAAUGCGAAUCAUAUCGAAACUGUAUCCUCGCGGCCCCCUCGAUCGCAAUGGGAAAAUGCUGAUCCUGCUGCUGCUUAUCGUUACGCUAACGGAAGCAAUUGGUGCCUUUGCGCCCGAGUUUGUGGAGAGCAUUUCCAAUGUGUCCGUUGCCGUGGGUCGCGACGCCACCUUCACGUGUCACGUCCGCCACCUGGGCGGCUAUCGGGUGGGCUGGCUGAAAGCCGACACCAAGGCCAUCCAGGCCAUACACGAGAACGUCAUCACACACAAUCCCCGUGUCACGGUCAGCCAUCUGGACCAGAACACCUGGAAUCUGCACAUCAAGGCGGUGGCGGAGGAGGAUCGCGGCGGCUACAUGUGUCAACUGAACACGGAUCCCAUGAAGAGUCAGAUAGGCUUCCUGGAUGUGGUCAUACCGCCGGACUUUAUCAGCGAGGACACUUCAUCGGAUGUGAUUGUGCCGGAGGGCAGUUCGGUGCGCCUGACAUGUCGAGCCCGUGGCUAUCCGGAACCGAUUGUCACCUGGCGGCGGGAGGACGGCAACGAGAUUGUCCUCAAGGACAAUGUGGGCACCAAGACACUGGCGCCCUCGUUCCGCGGCGAAGUGCUGAAGCUGUCAAAGAUAUCACGGAACGAGAUGGGCUCGUAUCUGUGCAUCGCCUCCAACGGGGUGCCCCCAUCGGUUUCAAAGCGCAUCUCGCUUAGCAUACACUUUCAUCCAGUCAUCCAAGUACCAAAUCAAUUAGUCGGCGCACCACUUGGCACUGAUGUUCAAAUCGAGUGUCACGUUGAGGCCUCGCCCAAAUCAAUUAACUACUGGAUUAAGGACACGGGUGAGAUGAUUGUCACCUCCGGCAAGUACCACGUACAGGAGAGUUCCCAGUCCAUGUACGAGACGAAGAUGUCGAUGAUUGUGCGCAAGUUCCAGAAGGACGAUGUUGGCUCCUAUCGCUGCAUAGCCAAGAACUCUCUCGGCGAGGUCGACAGCAGCAUACGUCUAUAUGAAAUCCCCGGUCCGAAUCGUAAUAAAAAUCCCUUGAACGGAAAGGGCAACGGCGGCGGAGGCGGAGGCGGUGGCGGUGGCGGAGGCGGCGGCUUGGAUGCGGAUGCCAAUGACAUUUUAAAACAGAAACAACAAGUCAAAGUCACAUACCAGCCGGACGACGAGGAGCUGCAGUACGGUUCCGCCGAGGAUUUCGAUGGCGAUGGGGAGGGCCUGACGCCGUUAUCGCCUCACGUUUACUACACCAGCGGCAAUAAACCGCCCACACAUAAGCCUGGCAACUCUGGCGGCGGCGGUGGCAAUCAGCAUCAGCAUCAACAUCAACAGCACCACCAUCACCAUCACCACCAGCAGCAGCAGAAUGGCGGAGGAACUGGCGUCGGUGGUGUCGGAGGAGCGCCAGGUGGAGGUGCCGAUUUGGGCAUCACACGUAAGCCGCCUCCCUAUUACGGCGGCAACACAGAGGUGCGCGGCCCCAUCGACAACAACAACGGAAUGAGCUCCGGCGGUGCCGGGCUUCGCGGCUUCGGCUUCGGAAUCGGCUUUCCCUUCCGCAUACCCUCCCAACCGAGCCUCAGUCCCAUCAGCUGGCUGACCCAUCAGGAGGCAUGGCACCAUCCGCAUUGGUGGCACUGUCGACAGCCGCUCUUAAUGGGUUUGUCGGCCGUGUCCGGUUUACUCCUCACGCUCUGCCUCUUAUAAUACCCAGUCUAACGGACUCGCACAUCCCGCACACAGGACACAGGACCCACUCCCACACGCGGACAGAGACAAAUACUCGUACACAUGUUGUAGUAGCAAAUGUUAAAUUGUUUAUAACAAAAACACACACACACACACACACACACACACACAGAACUGGACAUAUGGAACGGAGCAGAGCGGAGUGGUAGCCAAAAAUAUUGUAUCGAUAUUUAGAGAAUGUACUUUCUAUGAUAGUUAUUAUUACCAGAAUUGCGUUUUGCACGGAAUCAAAGUACUGUCUCUCAGUAGCUACAUAUGUGCAUAUGUAUAUGGGAGUGCUCGUAAUACUCAUGCAACACCCAGUAAUCCCCCAGUGCUCCACUCUACUGGGUACUCCUGUAUCUGUAUUUGUAUUUGUAUUUGUGUGUGUGCAAAUCGCGCAGGAAAAAAGGCCUAAGAACAUGAAUUUCAUUUUCCUUUUUCUCUUUUUUUUGUGUUUUUUUUUUUAUUUUUCUUGGUUUUCUCAUUAAAUCUUUUUUGCCGUGAAAUUUCCAAUUGCCGAAACACAUUUUUUGCACAUCCAAAUAACUUUCCAAAAAGGUCAAUUAAUAUCACAAACCAAAACGGAAUUACACAACAAAUACAGAAAAAAAAACAAAACAAAAAACUUUUGAUUUAAAAGCAAAUUCUUUUUGUUUUCCUUUUUUUUCUUUUCUUUUUUUGUUUAUUGUGCAGAUUUUUGUUCAUUUGUUAAGUUUGAUUGACAUUCCAUCAAGUACAGAAGGGGAUUUCUUCAGGAAGGUGGGUUGAAUGGGGAACGGGGAAUGGGGAUGGUGGAGUAGGGUAGUAUUAAACAGAUGGUUCAUUGGAGAGGAUCUUAAGGGGGGUUCAUUGGAGAGAGUCUCUAGGAGGGAAUGGAAACCAUUGGAAAGAAAACUUUAUAAAAACCUUCUGGCAUACCCUAGAGUAUGGGAAGUCUCGAACUUAACUCGACCCCUACCCACACAUGGGCACAUUUUCCAUGUUUUUUGUAAUCCACUUUUGAAGGAUUUAAUAAUUGUGGUUUCCUCCAUUUGUCUCCUGCUUCCGCUUUCGAGUUGCUCUGAAAUAAUUAAAUUUCGCAUGUUUAUGCAAAUUAUUUGCACACACUGUUAACCCCUUAAGCCCCUUAAGCCAGGACCACACACCAUGCCACAUCUUAGCCCUCUGUCGUCCCCUCUGAGCAACUAUAUCUUGGUGUUCGUCAAACUUUUGGUUUUUUUUCUUUUUAUUUGGUUUUUGUUGUUUUUUUUGGUGGUUCUUGCUCUGAAGCUCAGGCAACAUCUUUAGCCAGUUCGUAGACUUGUCUUUGCAGCUGUGUGGGUGAGAGAGUUUAUCUGUGUGUGCGUGUGUCUGUGUUCCGAGUGGGUGUUGCAGCUGUGGCAGAGCCAAAGGCACAGGGCACAAGUUGCGGACACAGAUACACUCUGCAACUGCUGUCAGUUUUGUUGGUUGCAUUUUGCUUUUGAUGAAUUACUUGCAUGUCAGUUAACCACACACAAAUAUACACACCUACACACAUAUAUGCAUAUGUAUACAUACGUAUAUAUACACAUGUCUGUUUGUAUGCUUGGGCCACUUUUUAAUGAAAUGAAAACUUUUUGGCAAAGUGAAUUUCAUUGUAAGCAGCAGCAGCAGCAGCAGCAGGAACAGAACAGCAUCAGACCUCCCCAUCUCAGUGGCUCCAGCUCUCUUCAAGAACUUGCAGCUAAAGAAAAAAGCACUGCCUCUCCUGCCCCCUCCUGAGAGGCAGCAAAUAUACAAAACCGCCAAAAGCUGCCACUGAUGAUGAUAAUAAGACGCUGACAACCGCAGCAGCAGCAGCAGCAGCAGCAGAAAGCAGCAACAACCCAAAGAAACAUGUCAACGGCAACAUGCAGAGGGAGUGAGG